CAGACAGUGCAAAGAUGGAAAAAGACCCGUUCAUCACGCGAUCACAACAAACCCUGCCCUGCUCCUCAAGAAGUUCAUCUCGCCAUGAUGCACCGAAGACAGCCCUCGCCACCACCUGCACCGAUGAGUUCGAGUACCCACCUGAAGCGACGAUGCGCCGGCGCCGCUCCAAUGCGCCAUCGCCAGAGCCCGAGGAGCAGAAGCACCAACAGAUGCAAGAAAGCAGGGUUGGUGGGCGCUCGUGGACGUCUAGGGACCGGCAGUCCCGGUCGCGCAUCUCCUUGCGGGACAGGGGCCUUGGGAUGGGUCAGAUACACCUGAACGAGCCGAGGUGGAGGCUGAGGCAGUCUUGCAAUGUCGCGGGCAUCCGUUGGCGUAGGACAGUGGGAGUUGAGCCGAGUCGCAGGGCGAGAGGCGCGGGGACGCGCGGGACUGCCACCCCGGUAGGGGUUAUUGGUGGUUCUGCGGGAAGGGUGGUGGUUAGUGUGAGGGAUCGGGCCGCGGCGGAAAUGAUUUGGACAAUUUUGCAAUUGCGGGCUUCGGUUUGGUGCCGGGAGCCUAUUGGGACUAGAAACGAUUCGACUUUGCACGCUUUGUAG